UCGACAUAUCGAAGUCUCUGUUUGUUUUGUUGCAAUUUGCUUAUUGCAAACAAUUGGUUUUGAAUACUCGGAAUGGGUGAAGAAACGACCAAUUCUACACAAAAUAAAACGAGAACGAAGACCACGAGACCCAAGGCGGUUUAUCAGUGGACAGUGAGCGAUGUGCUCAAGUGGUAUCGACGCCACUGUGGGGAAUACACCCAAUAUGAGCAGCUAUUUGCCCAGCACGAUAUUACCGGAAGAGCAUUACUCCGGAUCACAGACUCUUCACUGCAAAGGAUGGGAGUUACAGAUAAUCGCGAUCGGGAGGCCAUUUGGAGGGAGAUCGUAAAACAGCGACUUAAGACGGAUAUCAUGGAAAUCCGCGAUAUGGAAAGGCUCAACAUACACUAAAAAUACAAAAAGUGUAUUUUGUAGAUCACUGUGUUGUAGUAGUAAAAUCAUAUAAUUUUAAUGUGUUGAAUAUAUCAAACCAGUACUUGAAUUAGAGCCUAUAAUCACACUCGCUGUCAUCCACUCUAUUUUGAGUAUGUACUUUACAAUCAAAUUUAAAACCAAUACUUGUAUCUCAAUAUUUUAAAACCAAUUUAAGUUUAAUAAUCAACCUUGAAUAAAAAAUACAGAAAAUAUUUUAAAAUGUGA